AUGAGUAUCCAAGCUAAGCUUUUAGCCACUCAGAGUCGACAGAAUGAGUAUGCAGAUCGUAAGGUAAGGGACAUGACAUUUCAGGCUGAUGAACAAGUUUUUCUGAAAAUGUUACCCAUAAAUGGGGUGAUGAGAUUCGGCAAGAAGGACAGUCUCAGUCUUCGCUACAUUGGCCCAUUUGAGAUCCUUGAUUGUGUAGUGCCACUAGCUUAUAGGAUGUCUUUACCGCCUAGACUAUCUGGAGUCCAUCCAGUGUUCCAUGUGUUCAUAUUAAAGAAGUAUCACGGGGAUGAAGAUUAUAUCAUCAAGUGGGACUCAGUUUUGUUAAACAAAGAUCUUAAGUAUGAAGAGGAACUGGUUGCAAUCAUUGAUCAUGAUGUCUGA